AUGCAACAAGCGGCACCGCUCUCGCCAGAGGCGUACGCCGACGCGCUCCUGCAGAGCUAUCUCUCGCCGGCGACAGACGACGCACCGGCGGUGUGGACGGCAAAGUACGCGGAAGAGGUCGCCAAGCGCCGGGAGAGCGCGCUUGAGAAGACGCUCUUGUACGACCGCCUCUUGGCCGAGGCCAACGUCGAGGCCUCGCUCUUUCCCCCGUCUUCGCCGUCGGAUACCUAUGUGCUGCUUGUCGCGAUUCUCACGGCCGCCGUGGCCGAGGACGAAAAGAGCGCGCUGCUCUACUACCUCUUUAAAGAGCACGCCGGCGAGGCCGACGGCGACGUCUUUGCCGAGCACGUCGCCCUCUCGCCGAGCAAGCGCGCAGAGAUCGACGGGUACUGGGGCGUGGACCACGCCUUGUUUGCGUCCGCUAUCCCUUACUUGAAGGACGCACGCUUUCUGCCGAUCGUCGCCGAGACACUCGGCGGCCAACACAAACACGCCGCGCUCCUCCUCGAGCUGUACGACGUGCAGGGAUCGCUGCCUGCGACGUGCGGGACGCCGUCCGAGGCGACGCUGCACCAACUCGCCCUCCUCCUCGAGGCCCUGGCGCAGGUGCGCGGCCUCGGCACUGCAUGGGUCGCCUGCCGCCAGUGGCUCGCCGCCCAGCCCAACGCACAGGCGCUGCACAAUGCCCUCUAUGGCGUGCUGUUGCGCUACUGCUUUGCGCCGCCGCGGCCCGACGCGAUUCGCGCGCUCCUCGCGCUGCCCCUCGAUGCCGAUGAGGAGGGCCGCGUGCAAAACUAUGCUUUGACGCCGGGCAGCGCCGCGCCGAGCCACGCGGCAGUGGCCGUGGACACGCUCCUCCUCAAGCUCAUCAACGAGGGUCGGUACGUCGACGCCAUCCACCUCGACCGCCGCGCCGCACAGCUCGAACGCUCGCACGCAUUCGGCAGCGACGGCAGCAGCCAGGCGGCGCGCCUGCGCCACCGCCGCAAGGCGCUUGUCGACGGCGUCUGGUCGAUCCUGCCGGCCGUGCAGCGCGACGCGCUUGUCGCGGAUCUCGGGCCGGAGCCGAUGGCGGAAGAGGCCCAGCCUGCUGCGCCCGAGCGGCCGCAGACGCCGCUGAGUGCGUCGCUGAGUGCGGCGCCGGCCAAGGCGUCGCCGGACGCGCGCCUCUUGUAUACCGCCGUGCACCUUCCUUCGCUGGGCCAGAAGCGCGGCGCGACGCCGGCGCUGCGCGAGUCCGAUGCGCCGCUGCGUAGCAGCAGUCCGUUUGCGGGCUGGAAGCGCGCCGCGCCGCGCGAGACGCAAAAGGAGGCGCCGCGCCCGCUCGAGCCGGGCUGGGGCGUGCCGAUUCCUAAGAUGGCGCAGGACGUGGCUAUGGACGAGGCGCGUGCCGUCGAAGAGGAUAUGGACGACGCACUUGACGAGGCCGAGGCGGUAAACGAGGACGAGCCGAUGGCCGACGAGGCCGACGAGGCCGACGAGGCCGAUGCUGACGACGAGCCUGUGGACGACGAGCCUGUGGACGUCGAUGAGCCUGCGGACGAGCCUGAGGACGAGCAUGCGGACCCCUCGCCGUCGCCCGAAGUCCCGCGCCGCCGCCGUGGCUCACGCCGCGCGGCAAAGAAGGCAAACGAGGCGCUGCGCAUGACGCUGCGCUCCGAGGACCCCCCCGUUCCCGGCGGCUUCCCGAUGGAAGCGGCGCCGGCGCGGCGUACGCGGCGCACGUCGCGUGCGCCCGAAGAGGGUCUGACCGCAUCUGCGUCCAUGUACCCCACGGCCCAGUCGCCGGCCCCCCGCCUGCCACGCAGUGCGACGCAAGGCGACGUGGCGUACCCCCAAGCGUCGCUUGCGCGUCUCGAGGCGUUGCACGACCACCGCCCUAUUGCGCGGCGCACGCGUGCGCAGACUGCCGAGCUCGAGUCGCACGGCUCGCAGGCGAGCGAUGUGGGGGACCUGUCCGACUUUGCGCACGACGAGCCCGCGACGCCCUCGCGGCGGCGGCGGCGUGCGUCGCCCGUGGCAACCCCCCAGCGCGUCACGCGCUCGUCCCGCCGUUUGAAGGACGGCACGACGCCCGGCACCCCCCGCUCGGUCCCCCGGCGGCGCGAUGGAAAGUAG